AUGGCGGCAGAGAAACAGUACAAGUGGACCGACGAAGACACAAAACGUCUUAUAACCCAGAGGACACAAAACGACCACCUCUUCACGGGGAAGAGGCACUCGGCAAAGAAGGCGUGGGGGGAAGUCAUAAAAAUGAUGGGCCUGGAGGGAAUCCUCACCUCCACACAGGAGCUGAGAAAUCCACCAAGCGGGACGGGGACAGAUGGGGGUGAGGCCACGGCAGCCACAUGGCCGUGGUUUUCCCUGAUGCAUGAGUCCAUCGGGAGGCGGCCCUCUAUCGAGCCCCCAGUCCUGAUGGACUCAUGUGUCGGGGAAAACCCUGAGCCCGUGGCUAACGUGGCCCCCAGUGGCUCAUCAUCCAGAGCUAGGUCCACUACUUGUGGCCAGGCAUCUGCGGAGGAAGAGGAAUCUGUCCAGCCUGGCACAAGUAGCGGCACCGCGGAGCUGGAUGAUGAGCCAUCCACCUCUACCCGUCCCCCACCCAGAAAGCGGCAGGCCACAAAGGCACUGCUGAAUUUCCUGAAGGAGAAAGCAAAAAAAGAGGAGGAGCGCUUUGCUGAAACUCAGCAAACAAACAAAUGUUUUUUAGAUUUAUUUGAGGACUUGGUCCGAAAAUCUUAA